AGAGUCAGAGAGAACUAAACUGGAAAGUUAGCUACUACUAGUAGAUGAUGUUGGCGCUACCUCUGGUGUAUGAUAGGGCCUAUCUUCUCUGCGGAUCGGACGGCAAAAGCCUGGGUUAGCGCUAGAACUUACUUACAACAACAGCUGUAAGUUGUUAACUUUUAAACGUCUUAUUGUUAGUUGACCACGCUACAUAGUUUUCCACUCAUAAUAAUUACACUGCGCACUGUCGUCCCAUUUUUUCUAUAAUUAUUUUCAGCUGGCGUGUAUUAAAAUUAUUGCGGCAUAUCAAGGUGCCCUGCGUGCAGCCCGCCGACUUCAUAACUACUUCACCGCGGCCUCAGGAUCCAGCAACGCCGACACCACACUGAUCGCUUGCGGGCACCAGCGAGUUACCUCGAUAUCGGCACGUUCGUAUGGUCUACACGCCAGAAACGGAAUAAUCCGGCAAUCAGCGUGUGCUAGUGACGCCAGAUCAUUAUUGUAGAACUAGUCUGCAGUAUGCUGUCGACAUGUCGGUGAGGUGAUGGCAUGGUGUCACGCGGGUUGUUUCUGUGACAGGCCGGCUAGCUGUUACUAAAAAAGAGUGCUUGUGGUACGUUUAGCAGCGCCUGUUGUGUCACACUCGAGAGAGAUUACAGACAUGUGAACUUGCGGUAGUGUAACAGUGAUAUGUGGCGUUCCGAGUUCCCCCUGGCCCUGUUUUUGCUGCUGUGCGCGGGCAUCGUCACACGGCGGUGCGCGCUGGCUCAACUCGGCACCCAGCACCCGACGCUGACCGGUGAGCGGUUCCCGGAGAUUUGCCAAACCGUCUGGAGCGGCACGUCGACGGAUACGAGGAUUUGGUCCAGCGUGCACGGCAUGAUCAACUCCUUCCAUGGCAGCUACUCAUUGGAGACCAACAGGUGUUCACAUUUUCUCGGAUGGGAGGCGUUCCAGAAGAUAGCAUCGCUUGCUUUCGCUCUCGACUCUCCAGGGGAUAAAUCCCAGGACCCAGUGGCUCAACUCGUUGAGAUUUUCAGCUCCACAUUUAUCAUUCUCAUUAAGGACUCGUGUUCUUCAAACCUGCUCUCAUCCGCUCAGGCACAGUCACUGCUAGCAUUCACGCUGGAAGACACCCCAGCUGUGGAAACGUACCAGUCACAGGAUGUGCCCAUCAUGGAUCUGGAUAUUAACAUUACGAGUCUUCGCUACACGGCCGCCAAUUGCGGCAACAGAAAUAUAAGUCGGAAUGGCUGCCGAACUCUGCAGGAUCUACUUGAUAUUCUCCACGAUACGGAUCCCGACGGGCAGAACAUGACGCUGCUGCAGCUAGCCCGCUUUUCGCUGAGCGGCGAGCGUGUUCCCCUCACAAGCUCAAGCCUGUCAGAGCCAGCAGUCAAGGAUAUGCUUCUGCCGUCCUCCAGUCGCGACUGCCUCGCCAUCUCACCGACGUUCUCCGUGUUCCGCGUGCUGCACAUGAGCGCCUGGGCCUCGAGUACUCUGUUCAACAACGUAAAUGAAUACCCGUACUUCUUCCGAGGAGUGCCGUCCGACGAUCAUCAGGCAGUCGCCCUGGCAGAUCUCAUCGAGGAGUUUGGCUUCCAGUACAUAGUCCUGCUUGGUGGAGCAGACGAGGUGUACAGUGGACCAGGUUUCAAGUUGUUGCGGGAGGAGGCGUUCCGUCGUGGGACGUUCUGCUUGGCCGUGCAGGCGCGAUUCUCGGCGGACGACCCGAUCUCCAUACGGUCGGCCAUCGCACAGAUCCGGAACAACCCGGAGGCGCGCGCCAUGGUCGUAUUCGCCACCAUGGCCGACGGAGCGGCACUGCUGCACGCGCUCGGUCGACAAAAUGUCACCGGUCGCAUCCUGCUGGGUAGCGAGGACUGGUUGAAUCGAGUUGACUUCAGCGCGUUUUCCAACACAGUCCUGUCCAUGCCAAUAUUUGGCUACUACCCCGACCCAAGCGCCGUCUUUCUACAUUCGGGACCCAGUGACGUUGUAGUGAAAGCUACGUUUGGAUCUACGGACUUCAUACUGGGAAUGGCCGCGUUGGAACUCGGACGUCUCUACAUCGAGCAGGAGGGAGAUUGUACAUUUCCAAACCCACUGCGCUGCGAGAACCAAUCACGGGCUGACGUUAAGCAGUGCUCGCACGACACCGUGGCGCGUUUCCCGCGCCGACAGCCCACCAUGGCGAUGCCGAUGAUCCGGCUGCUGAGUCUGUACACCAACAUAUCGGUGGUGAUGGACGUGGAGAGGCCGUUCUGCGAGCAGGGCGACUGCACCGUGGUUCUCGGCAGGGUGCCCGCGGACGGGCUGCGCCGCGCCAUGCGAGAGUUCACAGUGCCGUGCCGUUUUCACAACGGAACGCGGCGCGCCCCCUGCCACACGUUCACCGACACCCAAGCGGCGUACCCCGCCUACUCGCUUCGUAUGCUGAGUGUGCCGACGGCAGGUGCUGUUGGUACUGGUACUGGACUGCCAAGUCUACAGGCUAUUGCAAACUGGGACGGCUUUGCUGGACCGGAUCGGAUUACGCGCCUGACCUGGCUCAGAUCUGCCUGUAUCCAGUUCGGUGUGGGCGAGUGCAUCAAUAUGCACGACAGGCGCCAGAGUGGUGAAGAAAAGCAAACUUCGAAAGCAUCCGGUAUUCCUCUCUCCGCGUGCAGUGCACCAUGCAACCCGGGGACUUUCCUGAUUCCCUCCGCCGAUCCGAUGAGGUUUUGCUGUUGGCGCUGCGUAGAGUGUGCGCCUGGUCAAAUCAGUAGCUCUGUGAACGCCAAGAACUGCAGCGCCUGCGCCACUGGACUUAUUGCCAACGGUGCAAGAACAGAGUGUGUCAUGCCGAGGAUAGAAUGUUUCCCCUGGAGUUCCCACUGGACAGGCUUUUUGAUUGCCUGGAGUGUGAUCACAUGCGUUUUCUCCGUAACGAGUUUGGUGUACUUCAUACGCUACCACAAAACUCCGGCAAUCCGCGCCGCUAAUCUGCCCCAUAUGAUAAUCAUUAUGCUGACGCCAAUCCUCUCCAGCAUCGUACACUGGUCAUUUCUGCACUCGUCACGCAGCUCCGAUCUCGUGUGCACUCUCGAGCGCGAGUCCGCGUACUCCGUACCGACGCUGGGCUUCAUCGCUCUCAUGAUGAAGACGAACCGCAUGCGCCAUCUGUUCAACACCUUGCAACUAGUCACGGCUAGUCGAUGGCGCCGCUGGCUGGUGUCUGCAUCCGGUCAAGUCCUGCUCGUCUUAGUCUUGUUCCUUGUCGCGAACGCACUCAGCUCAGUGCCAUCAUUCCUCUAUCCGCCAACUGCUAAACUUGUCCUCGUGAGCGCGGACGCAGCCACGUACGUUUGUGAGCCGAAUUUUACGGCCGAGAUAUUCUCCCUCGUGCCACUGUCGAUAUUUGUGAUCGUGACGGCGGUGCUGGUCUUUCAAACUCGCAACCUGCCGGACGAGUACAACGACUCGAAGCUAAUACUACUGGUGUGCGCUGUGGACUUUGGCGCUUGUUUGGUGUUCGCGGUUGUGUAUUAUAACGACGAGGUGUUCCGACCAGUAGUCGUGCUCCUGCUCGGCCUGUGGAUGAGCACGAGCUUUUCGGUCAUACUGUGUGCGCCACGUAUCUACUGGCAUCGCUACGGUUACGCUCAUCCGAGAGAACGGCCCGGCAGCAGAGCCUACAGGGCUAGCAUGGACACCAGCAGUUAUCAUCGCAAUAGCGACCUACACAUGUCCACCUCUCGCCAGCAAUCGGCACGAUCCAGUUCCCAGGAUGCGAGGAGAUCGUCUCAGUAUAUAACCGAGCCGCCGAGCCGCCUGGAAUCCCUGCAAGGUUCUUUCCGUGAAAACAGUCCCAUGGAAAACGGUCAUGACCACGCAUCAUCCCGUCACAGCAGUACAGUGUUGCCAAUGGUGACCAGGAUAUUAGCGCAGGCAGACACAUCGAGUAAGGAAACCAUCGUUGAGAGUAGCCAUACCAGUAGCAGCAGUAGCAGCAGACGCAACACUCGCACUAGCGACAACAGCAGCAAUAGCUUCAGUGGAAACAAUGGUGGUUGCCAACCAAAUUCGUCGGCAGACCCGGAACCUGAGGGUGGUGAGUAGGUAAACUCGGAAUGGCCGAAGCGUGAGUUGGAGACAUUCUGUGUGACGACAACAGUGAUGUAGACGUGAUAGCAUUGUCAUCAUUGUUUUCUAAACCCUCACUUCCAUCACAUUGAUCUUUCACCUGACAUUGUAACGCACAUGAGACAACCAGAGUGGCGAGUAGGUGGAGUCGGAAUGUCUUAGCCUGAGCUCGAGCCAUCCUGCGUAGUAGACUUGACAGCAUUGUUAUCGCUUUCCUCAGGGUGUGCCUUUUUAUCCUUGUUUUCUACACCCUCACUGCUGUAACAUUGAUUCACAUGCGAUGUAUGUGAGACAAGUCAUCCAACUUCAUCCAAGAGCAGCCCGUGCCUAUAAAGACCAUAAUUAUUGCGUUUCAUUUAAUUUUUUUCAUAAUUCGGAGGGCAAGCACAGCUUUCGGCUUGGUAUAAAUUAAAAUAUUGUUAGCAUAUAUUAUGGCAUAAUACCCCCCCCCCCCCCCCCCAAUGCUCGCCUUCUUCUGUGAUCCCGCAGUAAAACUAAUUUUUAAAAUUGCUAAAUAGAAAGAAAUGUACAUGCAUAUACUGUGGGCGCUGUGCGAGUGUAAUGCCCUAUAUAGGGCCUCCGUGUAGCACAUAAUAUUAUGAUAAACGGAGCGUUCCGAAUCUCUUUCCAACUGUAAAGUUUCGCAGAGGAUGUAUUUUUCCUACAAUGCAUAAUAUCAGUUUCUCAGGGUGCGGCCAACAUUCCCUCGUUGUUUCAGUUAUGUGUGUUUUUCUACUUGUUGCUUGUAUUAAAUUUUCUAUUUCUUUUCUUUCGUUCUUUGCCAAGCCCAGAGAUGUUUGCACAUAACAAUAUCAUCACAAUAUU